AGUAACGACAUCUUUUACAGCUCUGCUAUUGAAGGACACUGACCGAGAUGUUAAAACUACCCAAGGUCACACCAGCUGACCCAGGAGCAUGAAUCCUUAGAGGCUCUCACCUUCAGAGAACUACAAUUAAAAGGCCCAAUUACUUCUGAAAGCACACUAGGGGGCUCUCCCCUCCCCGCCUGCAAGAUAAAAAAUGGCUGACACAAGCUGGAAGGCCAUGGAUAGUGGUGUUAUGGACUGGCUGGACAACAAAAGAGCUAAGACCUUGAGGGUCUCCAAUGACAGGGAGUCAUUUCAGCUGAAAAGGAUUCGAAGAUCACUUGAGACUAUGAAGAGCAUGAAUGAUAAUCUGAUGAAGCAGGAAGAAAGAAAAGUGAAAAGAUGGCUAGCAAAACAAGCUGAAUUAUCACCAUCAGCAUCGUUGUCAUAUAAGAACUUAUACAAGAUACCAUCCAGUGAAGUGACCCAAGAGGCAAACCAAGAAGGGCAACAAGUCUCCGAGAGAGGCUCCGCUGAAACUCCCUGGAGCCAGUUUGGUGACCAUUUGCCCAACUUUGUCAGCUUUCUGCGCCAACCAACAAAAAGACCAGGUUGUGACAAGAAACACUCAAAGGAUUUCACACCCUUCAGUGGAACUGACUUGUCCAUGCAGACAGUAUUUGCUAGAACUUCCUAUGGCUCAAGAGGCAGCUUUUACAAUCCUCACCCAACUGCCAGUGUCUCCAAGAAGGAUAUCAGUGCAAGACAACUUUACGUGGAUAACAACAGUUUCUCCAUGCAAGAGGCAAUAUCCAUGUUUCCCUCCCUGCAAAAGCUAUCGGUAACAGGAGAGAAGUUCUCUUUUUCUAAACUUCAUCUGCACGAAACAGCCUCUGGAUCCCCAGCAUCUGAAAGAAGGUUGAAGGGCUUGCUUGAAAGAGCUCGGGAAGAGGAAAAAUUCAAACAAACAGUGACUCUGCCACAGAUCAGACCUGAAGAAUUUUUGAGCUGCAGAUACCUACGUUUGUCACAGAGCAAUAUUAACACCUUGCUACAGCUGUGUAAGGAAUCAGGCGUUCAUAUAGACAUUCAUCCCCAUAUGAAGGAAUCUGAAAUCGACAUCAAUACUGUUCUGUCUUCAAGCCUCAGCAGGGCAGUGUAGAGCUUAAAUUCCCUACCCUAAAUUUUACUGUCAUUAGUUCAGUUUGUAAUUUUCUGAAGUUAUGACAACAGCACAUUAAAUUAAUUCCCAUCUGUUGCUAUCCUUUAAA